GCCUGAUGUCUGGGCUGGCCACCAUGGAGCCCAGGGCCUGUGGGAAGAUGGGGGUGAUCACCAUCACCUAUUACCUCUGGACCACUUUCAUGGCGGUGACGAUGGGGAUCAUCCUGGUAGUCAGCAUCCACCCUGGCGCGGCCGCACAGAAGGAGGAUUUCUCUGCAGGGAAGGUGGUGCUCAGCUCCGCUGAUGCGCUGCUGGAUUUGAUCAGGAACAUGUUCCCUUCCAACUUGGUGGAAGCAUCCUUCCAGCAGUAUCGAACUGUUAUUGUCCCAGUGGUGAAGUCUCCACGAUUCCCAACAAUCCCAGGGAAAUCCCUCAGUUUUAUUUACUUUGCACCGGAUGAGGAAAACCCUGAAAUCCAGCGACCCGUGUUUCUUGAGCUGACGCCAUCUCCCGAAAUGACGUACAGGACCCUGCCAGGGACCAGCAACGAGAUGAACGUCCUCGGGAUCGUCAUCUUCUCUGCGACCAUAGGGCUCCUCCUGGGAAAGAUGGGUGAGCGAGGAGCGCCGCUGGUCAACGUGUGCCAGUGUCUGAAUGAAGCUGUGAUGAAAAUCGUCUCCAUGGCUGUCUGGUACUUCCCUUUCGGCAUCGUGUUUCUCAUUGCUGGGAAGAUCCUGGAGAUGGAAGACCCAUCGGUUACAGGCCAGAAGCUGGGGCUGUAUGCCGUCACCGUGGUGUCGGGGCUGGCCAUCCAUGGGCUUGUGUUCUUACCGCUGCUCUUUGCACUCAUCACCAAGAAAAACCCCUAUGCUUUCAUUAGGGGGAUACUGCAAGCUUUGCUGAUUGCCUUAGCUACAUCUUCCAGCUCAGCGACCUUGCCCAUCACCCUUAAGUGUCUUCUGGAAAACAACGGCAUAGACCGGCGCGUGGCACGCUUUGUCCUUCCUGUCGGUGCCACCAUCAACAUGGACGGCACGGCGCUGUACGAGGCAGUCGCUGCCAUCUUCAUCGCCCAGGUCAACGAGUACGACUUGGAUUUGGGGCAGAUCGUGACGAUAAGCAUAACAGCAACUGCAGCCAGCAUCGGGGCGGCCGGGAUCCCACAGUCAGGACUCGUCACGAUGGUCAUCGUGCUGACCUCGGUGGGGCUGCCCACUGCCGACAUCACGCUCAUCAUUGCAGUGGACUGGGCCCUGGACCGAUUUCGGACCAUGACCAAUGUCCUCGGGGAUGCGCUGGCUGCUGGCAUCAUACAACACGUCUGUGAGAAAGACUUUGCCCCAAAGCCCCCAAAGGUACGCCUGGUUGGUUACUCUGGGAGCACGGGGCACUCUGAGGCCACGCAGACACAAAGAACACGGCUGGUUAAGAAACUGAAACAGCACCUUUAUCUUUUCUCACAGCAAGACACAGCGAGCGACACAGACAAGUUUCCUUCUGCAGAGCCCCCACUUCUGCAUCCCAAAGACAACGUGAUCCACCUGCUUGAGGACAGUCUGUUUGAGCAGAUGGGAGGGCACUACAACAUCUGCCAGGUGUAGGUUGCAGCUCUGCCACCCCAGGACGGGACCUCGGUGCUAAGCAUUCCCAAUGCCACACACGGCUGCUCCGCAAGACAAAGGCCUUAUCUGGGGCAGCAAACCCCUCUCCAUCCUUUCUACCCUGCUGCCUGGAGCUGAGGACAUGACCGCACUGGCAGCCCUGCCCACAGCAGCUGGGUUAUGGCACAGCCCUGUCCCCUUCCAUGAGGCUGCUCAGAGCACUGGGGAACAGCUACAAGGUGAUGGCAGAGAGCAGCAGAGGUGGAACUGAAGCUGUCAUCUUAUGGCAGCAGCCUCUAUCUGCUGCCCAGGCUGCAUGCCAUAAGGUGUUAACAGUUAUUUUUUAACCUUUUUAUAUACACUAACACAUACCAAUAUAUAUUACAUAUUAAUAUGUAUAUAUACACACACGUAUCUUUUAGGUUCUCAACUGAAAAACAAAGUGUAUCUUUUGCCCAGAGCCCAAAGCCAAGGCUGAGCAGAACAGGAUGCUGCAGCAGUGCUCAGCACACUGCAUUAGUUUAUCAGCAUUACCCCACUGCAGCUGUGCUCCUAAGUUCAAACUUCCAUUCCAAUGAAAGCCUUAAGACACUGCUCCCAAGGGCAGCCUUCUCCACAGAAGUCUUUUGUACAUGCUGUGUGUGCUGCUGGAUGCAUUUACCUCUUGCAACGCCACCACAUCCCCCUCCUGCCCCAGGUUGUCAUUACUGCCACAGCACAGGGCUGACAGAAGCAGCUUAAAUUCACACCAACAUCACUGAAUUUCUCUAAAAGGUGACACAAACCACAAGGAAAUGAAUUGAGUUAUUCCUGUUACUCAGAUGCAGGCAGACAAGAUCAGCUAAUAAGCUGAUGAGGACUGGGAUAAGUCCAGCAGAGUAAAGCAUCCAUCCCAAAACGUCAGCAGUGUUCUGCACUCAGAGUAACAUGAGAGCACCAGAAGUUGAGGAACAGAAGGUUUCCAAAAGCCAUGAAAGUCACUAAGAAUGGGCCCAAAGUCACUGAGCAGCACCAGGAGCAGCACUGUCCCCCUCUGGGACUGAGGGUGCAACACGUGGGAAUGGGGUGAACUGAAGGAUUCUGCUCAGCACACUGAAAACUACUCCAGCCUCAAAGACAGUGUGCACCAUAUCUUAAUGAAGCUGGGAGAGCAACUGGGCAAAGGCAAGGGUUGUUAACUGAACAUUAUUCUUGCUGAGAAGAAUCACCAGAAGCUGCUUCUACGCAAUGAAACCCCCAUGGAAGCUACUUAUGGCUUCUGUGACUAUUAACUGAAGGUAGCAGAAGCCCUUGGCUUUGUGGUAUCUCCCAAAAUUCAGGUAGAAAACCCAACCAUUGGCCAAAUGAGCCUCGUUUGGGAAACGGAAUGCCAUCAGCAGGUUUGGUGAAGGGGAGGAGGUGACCUAAGGACGACCCACCAAGGAUUCUAUGAUUCUAUGACCAGCACUCAGCUCAUGCACCUCUUGUUCAUCAGCGGUGUAAACACACAGCUAUGGCAGUGGCUAUGUUGAAAAGCAGCAUUUUGGAGCUGAGAAUCUGCUCCAUGGUGUUUUGUGUCGGUUGCAUGCCGAGAAGCAUUGCUCCUUUUGUGUGCGGAGAUCGCGGGCACUUAUUGGGACGUUUGUAGACAUCCAUCACAAGAUGUUCUCAGGGAGCUUAGCUGAUCCCUUAAUUAUCUUGCACGCUGAAAGGAGCAGAAAAGAUGUUUCCUUGGAGCUUUGGGUGCGGGUGGUGGAUUACAGCCAUGUUCUGCUGUAUGCAGCGAGGACAGCGGUCGGCGUUCGCAGCUCUCAGGCUGUGGUUGCAUCAGAGAAAAUGAGAAGCUCUACAGGGAAACGAAAUAAGGAAGUAAAUGAAAAGAGGGGAAGAGGCAAAGGCAGACGGGUCCCACCCCACUCUCACCACACACUCACUCCUGAAAGGAGCAGCUCAGAUGCGCUGCUAAUUGAGCGUGGGUCACCCUGACGUUAGGGCAGAUGGGAAAGAAAACACAGGGCUGGAACAGGGCUCCCAGCCCAACCUCGCUGCUCCACUUACCUGUGGCCAGCGCACCUCAGAACCUGCUCCCAUUGUCCUUCCACGUGCAGAACCACAACCAUGUGCUUAUUUGGCCAUUCCCCCUCCUCCUCUUGGUCUCCAGAAGUCUGCAGUUGUCUGCAAAGCAUUACCCCAAACCACGUCCUGGUGCAAGAUUGUUAACAGCAACACGGUGCUCCCGUGUUUCAAGAACACUGCCUUGUCUUUGGGUGUUCUAAGUCCGUUUCCAUCUCUCUUUCUAAAGCCACUUCCCAGCUGCAGGUAUUUGCUGUGACAGACCAAACACUGCUGGCACUUCCAUCCUCGAAGUGUCCAGUGAUCCAGGCACAAUUCCUCCCCCUCUGCUCCCAGCAGCAAUCCAAUGCCAAUCCUCAUCUUUGACUGUGAGUCUCUCCUGCCCGCCUGGUGGCGAUUCCUCCUCUUCUCCCAUCCCAUCACCUUCAGCACUAACAGCUGUUCUUCAAGAACGUGGGCACCCACACGUGGUUCCUACACACAAAGGCUUCAGUGGGAAAUAAAACACUGACACAGACACUUUGUGCACAGCAAUUCAUUUGCUCAUAACCAGUUACAAAAGCAGCUCUUAUCUGCCUGUAUUCCUUCAGACCUUUGCUUUUCCAGCCAGGUACAAGCAAUCCACGCACGGAGCUGUUAAGAAUGUUUGUCCACAUACAGACUGAACAAUGUCAGGCUUUAAGACCCCUCUGAAUUCAAACCACAGAAUUUUUUGUAGCUGAGAAUUUGUGCCAUCAAAUGGUGUUACGGCGUACAGUUGUAGUUUUCAAGGAAAUAAACAGGAGGUAUUACUUUCAGAGUGUCUUAUGUAUAUGCAUGGCACAAUCCAACAAAACUCAGCCCCUGGCUCUGGUUGAAGCUCGGUUCAGCUCAGUGCAGAUUUCCAAUGCACGGCACUGACACUGCUGUAGAAAAUGGGACAGAGCACAGCAAGCCCAACCAGAACCACCUCGUAGGAACAGAUGGAUGGAAGCCAUCACUGCAAAGGAAAUUCUGAGAACUUCAGUCCCAUGACGAGCACCACAGGUCCUCAGCUGACUGCCACCAUCACUGCAGUGCGAUGUGGAAUUCCCUCUGCAGCUCUUUUCAGCUGAGGUUGAACAUUCAGGCAGUUCUACAGAACGCCUCCUUCUGCAGCAAUCCUCAUUCCCACUGCAGUUUCAUCUUCAGCUACAAAGCCACCCAACUGCACCGGUGGUUCAUGGUUUCUGGCCUCCCUUCCGCGCAGCCAGCACAACAAAGCCCUGAGGGUGACACAGAAGCAAGCUAAUGCAUCCAGGUUGUCAGGUCCCCACCAACAUCCUCCCAGUGCUCCCACAAUGGAGCACACGGCACGGCAGGCUGCAGAUUGCCACAUCCAUCCUUCACACGAACAACUCCCCAGCUUCCUACAUCCUCUAACCAAAGCACACAGACACAGCACAUAGACAUGCACUGCAUCAUUUUUUAUCUCAUCUUCACUCCUGCAUGCCUGUGGCACUGUGAAGCACAACUGUUUGAUUCACCUUGUGGAUUUUUGCUCCCUCAGCAAUUUCCAGUUGGGUCAGCUUUAAGAGAGGGUUCUCCAUCCACGUCAUCACCGGUCAGAGCUGUGCAUCCAAUUCCUGAACAUGCACACCUGUCUGUGAGCUCCUCUGGGUAACUGUGCAAGAACACCAACACUUCUCAUCCUCCUGAGCACCUCUCCUGGCAGGGAGUUCAGAGCUAUGGGGUCUCCAAGCAGCUUCUAUCUCAGGGUUUCAUAGCACAUGUGAUAUUUCAAAGCAAAGAAAAACUGAAGGUGUGUUCCUGGAAGGUAAGCAAGCUGCUGGGUCCUCCCAGGUGAGAAUCUCCUGCUUAGCUUCUCCCACUGCCAUUUUUCUUACAGCACUUUCCACUUCCAGUACUUCUAAUCAUCAAAGAAAUCCACCAAAUUAAUGAUGCUAUUUGUGAUAAACCCCUGUGACAACCUGUGACCUUUUCCUUUACCUCCACAUUGUUAAACAUGCUAUCCAACACUCGGGUAACAUUUUUCCCUGCUGUCCCUCGCUGGGACCAAGGAUGGAGCCAUCACAGCUCAGCUCAGCAUGCAGCCUUUGUUUCCUGGCUUCAGCCUAUGGAAACAUGUUGCAGAGCAGAGACAAGAUGGAUGGGGUUAAAGUUACAUGUGCCACAUCCCCUAUUACCCAUACACCUAUCACUGCUAUUUCCUGCUCAUUACUUACCACCCAUACCUCACAGCACACGACUCCUUCCUGCUUUGCAUCUGCAAUCGUAGUCAGCUCACUUACCCUUAUUCUUAUCACCUCUGCUUUUGCAAAAUACACUAUGUUCUCCCAGCACAUCAUCCUGCAGCACCAUCACCCCUCCCCAUCUUCUGCAUCUUUUGUGGCUCGCCUGCUCCCCAGCCACCUACUGGCUACCCAUGUCCUCUCAUUUGAGCCGACAACACUUGGAACACUUUGGGGGUUUUAUUAGGAUAGGAACUGCUAAGAAUCCUCUCAUCACUCUUUAAAAAAUAACGAAAAAAUUGAAGCAGUAUGACAACGUGGUGUUUAAUGAGCUGCUGAGCUUCCACAGAGCCAUGAGCACCAACAGCAGGAAGCUGCAGCUGCUGCAAGGAGCUUCUCCCUGGGCAUCACCCCAUCUUCCUCCUUUGGUUUCUGCAAGACAAUGCUUAGGAAGGGGUGACACCCUCAGCACUAAGCAAAGGCGAAAUGGAGGAGCUCUCCCACUCACUCAGCUCCCUCCUGCGCAGCCCCCCAACCCAGCACCUUGCUUUUGCUGCACCAAAGCAGCUGCAGUCACUCAGCGGUGCUUUGCAGAAGGUGGGUUUCACAAACUUCAGCUGAUGUCAGGCUGUCUAAAUUUCACCACUUCAACCCAGCCUAUCCUCUCCCCUUUCUUCCUUCCUUGGACAUGGCCUUAAACAAACCAGCUUCACGCUGUUCCUUCCCCACAGACCAGAAUGCACGCUCACAGAGGAACUGGGAGAUUGGAGGGGGACAGCAGAGCUGCUCUGGCAAGCUCAGUAUUGAUUACAUGGACACCAAGAGCUGAACUCGGGCCCAAUGUCCCUUCCCCAUGGCCACCAGCAGCAUCUGGGUGUCCAUCCCAGAAUCCAGGGAUGGGGAGCAGGGCCAGCAAGGCACCCCAAACCACGCUGGUGUGCGAGGCCAAUCUCUGCCACUCACAGAUGUUCUUGAAGCUGAGCUGUCUUCCUUCUUCCAUUCCUGUAGUAAGAAAGAAUGAGAGUAUUAAGGUCCAGAAAAUAUUGUAAUAACAGGGAAUAAAACAGAAAAACAGGCCCAAAAAGAAGCAAGCAUCAUUUCCUAAUUGCCAGUUCACAAAGAGGUGACAGCAUUCUGAUCCCAGGGAGAAGCAAAUGGGAAGCAAUCCCUGAAGAGCAGCGAUGCUGUGUUACCAGAUGACGCACGAGAUGGAGGUGUCUGAAGGUAUUCUGGGGAGUUUUAGAGAAAUGUGGAUAUCGUGUUCUCUUAAAGCUCUGUCUCCUGCUUGUCACAUUACUGCACUGCUGUUACAAAACAUCUUCGUGACUCUGAAGUUUGACAAAAGCUCAGAUUUUUAGGGAUAUAUCUUUGUACGAGUUCACUGUAUAAAAAACAAGCAUUUUUACUUCAAGUUUUCUGUUAAAAAAGGAUGAUGUACAUGAUUUGCAAGUUACCUUCACACUGUGUAUGCAUGUGGAACAGUGUACGUGUGCACACAGAGCACAGGACACAUCAAUAUAUGCAACUGAGAUAAAUGCAUGUUAUAAAUAAACCAUCCAUAACUACAGCCUACACUUCAACACAUGCAUACACACACACAUGAAGACUCAUCGCCUGACAGAUGCAAAACAGAGGGAACAAACUGAGACAAAGAGGUGUCAGGUAGGAUAUGUGCUCACAGAAACACUUCACCCCAAUUUUACACUUCUGGUUGGGCCAAGACCAAACCUGUUUGCUUUCAAAAAGCACAGGGACUGACUUACCAGAGCCAACGUGAACUGCAGCACCACGCUGAGGUCUGGAGAGUGUGAGCACACACUCCUCCUGUGGCACGUGAGCUGCAGCCCAGCACCGCUCACACCGACCCCACACUGCUCCCAAGCCAAACCAUUCCUGCUCUGCUCUCCUCUGCUCUCUGCAGCAUGCACAGGCUGAGCUUGGGAGCAGGAUCUGUUCCAACACAUUCAAACAGAAGUUGAGUUAAAGGAUGUGUCAGAAGUCUGCUGGUUACUCAGAAUGCACGAAGAGUCUCAGCCAUCUUUACGUCAGGUGGUGAAGCUCUGCGUCAGCCCCUGCAUGGACGUGAGGAGCAGCCAGCUGCAGCUCUGCAGAGAGAAGUCAAUCAAUCCGAAAAAAAUAACAUUAACUGCAUUAUGUAACAGAGGCACCAUUCAAGUGGAAAAAAACAUAUUUAUAUUAUAAAGAGCAGAGUACCAAUGAGACAGCAGUCAGUGUCAUCUAUCACUGUCCUGGGAGAUCUGGGGGUGACAGCAGACAGGCACAGCACUACGAGCCACCAACAGCCUCCAGCACAGCCUGCAGCCAGCAGGAGAGCUGCAGGAACCUCCAUCCCGAGUUAUCUCCACCCGAGGCUCAAUGUGGCCAGACUAGAUUGGGAUUUCUUUUCUCUUGGUAAAAAUGGGCAUUUCUGACAGGGGGGACAAACCUGAUGGGCACGUCUCACGGCAAAACCUUCUGGUUGUCUGUGUGUUUUCUCUUAUUGCUUCUCAUGGAAUUGAAAGAUACAAAGGUGGCUGGUAUGAACCAGGGCAAAGCAAUCCCACUGGGGUAACGUCCUUUGGGAGGAAUCACAAUGAAGGUGCUGCAGUUCUGCUGCAAAGAAGCCAGGAAAGGUCUAAAAUUCUGUGCUGGGGGUUCUGAGCUCCUGUUUGCAAUAGAUAUUGCAUAUCCCAUAACCUGUUUGAUAGGCAGUAACCAAAAAUACUCAUUUCUGCUCUUUCAGAUCUAGGAGGAAGAACAAUUUCUAUCUGGUAAGCACUGGGGGACCAGGCCAUUUCUGUAGCAGCAAGAAGUGGAAACACAGCUCUGCAAAGCUCCGAGCUGAGCUGGCAGCACUGCGCCGUCCGUAGGGUGGUUGGGGUGGAAGGGAGGAGAGGGGCCCCUCAGUUCUGAGCCCAGGCAGGGACACACUGCCAGCUCAGGGCUCCCAGGCUCUGCGUGGCCUCGUGCAUCUCCAGGCAUGGGGCACACAGCUGUGGGCAGGACAGCAGCAGCCCCUCCAGCGCAGCUCCGUGAGCGCUUUGCAAACCCCCACUGGGCCAACCCUUCCCAGACCAGAGCAACAGGGUCCUGCCCUUUCAUGGAGGAUCACUGCAUCCCAAGGGCUUUCUCCAAAAGUUGCAAACAAAUACCAACCAACCAACCCCAAAUUUCUGGGCAAUGGCCUAUGGCUGGGGCCUGGUUUGGUGUCGGUGCUCUUUUUUAAUUAUUAUUUUAUUCAGUUUUUUUAAUCAGGCGGGAUAAGCGUCCUAAGACGGAGAGAACAACUCUUCCUGAAAGGUAAAGCAUCAGCCCUGUGCCUCCUUUUAAUCCCAUGGUUCUCAUGGUGUUACGCGUAACAAAAGCUUUAGUGGAGCAAGCUCGAUGCACCCAAUUGCAAACACAGUUUGUAUUGCUCUGAGAAAAACAUCAGAACUCCAAAUUGCACAAAGAAACCCCAAUUCCUGCAGGAGAAGAACCAAGGAGGAACCAUUAAGUAAAAGCUCGAGACCGUUCUGCAACACAUCAGCUUCCACCACAGCUCAUUUCGGCACAUGACAAACAGUCAUGAACAGACAAUAAGGAGCUAACGAAACCAGCAAAUAACAAAAAAGAAAACCAAGCCUUUUUCAUAUUAAAUUAAAUCAGAGUUUAUAUUAAAACGAGGAUGAGGGAUGGAGGCUUUGUUUCCUUUAAUUUUGAAAACACCAUAAGAAAACAACACUCCGUCCACAGGAUUCCACCAAAGCGCUGCUGCGUUCAACCCACCUUUCAACCGUUUCAAUAUGAGAAUCCCAACAUUUUCAAGCCACUUGAAAAGAAAAGGAAUGAACAGCGGAGAAUUUCCCAAGCACUCGAACUGCAGGACAAAGGGGAGGAAUUGGUGCAUUUGUGCAACUCUUUCUAAAAUACGGUUUUCACAUCAAUACUCUCAAAAUAACACAAUGGGAUUGCACUUCGUUUCAGACAUUUGGAAAGCAGUGUCAUACUUUAUUUAAAAUAAACCCAUGUAAAAACAAAGCGUAAAUGAAAAUGGUACCUGAAAAAUAAAUUAUUUGAUAUAAAACAAACCAAUAACUUAAAAACACGCUAAAUAUACAAAAUGUUUCACCGUGUACUGUACAGAACGGAAAACAAUCGGUAAAACCUUCUGUCCCACAAACAGGUUAAUUUAUAAACAAAAGAUUACAGAAGAUAAGGGAAACCAAAUCAAGAAAAGGAGUACAGUGUGAUUCAUACUGGCAGACCAAGGUUUGUCCUGCCCGCUUUCGAGUUCUUCCCAACAACUGAGGACGUUUGGCCGCGCAGCCGCCCCAACCCCUUUGGAAAUGAGGAACAGGGAGAAUCAAGGCUCCGAAGGCAGCGGCCAUUCCUCCAGGUCCCACGUGCAGCCCUACUCCUACCCCCCUCCCGCGGCCAACGCCAACUUUUGUGGUGUUUGUGGUGGAAAUUCAACCCGCACAGAAAAAUGCUUGGGGUCGAACGCUGCGCCGGGUCUGCGGCCGCGCUGGGAGCAGGAAGGCUGGGCUCAGUUUUGCCAUUUACUUUCACCGCUUUCUUUUUAAAGCAGAAAACAAAUCGGGUGCAAUAACCGUGUGAGAUGAGCGCUAAGCUUCUGGUUGCUGUAAGGAUCCGCGCGGUGCUCAGCACCAGCACUGCCAAGUGCGGAGCUACGGCAAAGGGCACAGAAUAAGACGAGAUCUGCUGCCCAACAUCGGUACCAAAGCAUGGGGCUGACAAAACCACGAGGUGAGCAAAAAGGGAGCUGUGUUUUCCUGUGCCAGGUGUGAAUUUGGUCCCUUCUCCACAGCACUUGUGCCCUGAGCUUCAGUGCAAGGCGCCCCGUCCUGCACAGCAUGGACAAACACAUCCAUCUGUACAAACACAGAUGUACCUAUGAGCUCCAGCAGCUGAGCCACGGGGACCCGUCAGUGGUUCACAAAAAGCCGUGUCUCACAUAGAAAAAUGAACCCACCCCCAAAUCCUACCGGUUCUCAGGGGGUUUUGUCUCCUGGAGGACCUCGCUUCAAUAAGCAGUUUGUUCUACCACUCAGCUGCAGCUUUGGGCAGAAAAGCUCACGAGGGGAUGCUCUCAACAGUUGUUUUUUUUGUUUGUUUCUUAAGCACAUACAUAAUGAUAAACUAAACCUAAAAAACAGCUUCAGUUAUUCCAGUUUAGAAUACACUGGGAAAAAAACAAAAAAACAAAAAAAUCUUUCCUGAAAUACGUGAAGAAUCUUCGUUUUAUUGACCUUACCCAAACAUUAAUACAAAAUAACAUGAGAACAACUAUUUAAGGACCCUAGGGACCACUCGCUUCCGAAACUUAGCAUCCGAAAUCUGCAUUACCUCUCCAUCACCUCCUUGCAGCUGCAGACCCCUCCUGCUAUCGGUGCCGUUGUGCCCACUUUUAAUUGCUUUGUACCCAUCUGCCCACAGCGCGCUGUGCCUCUGCCAGGACAGGACCUGACAGCUGCAUGGCUCACCCUGCCUCAGCGACUCAGGUACCUCUCCAUGUUCACUGGGGUCCAUGCUAUCGCGACACAGAGGUUCAAAGGACACCAGCACCAGGGGGCAGCGUCAGAGCUGUGCUAUGACAGCUCCUGCUCCUUCCACCCUAUGGGACAGACCUCCCCCCCAGCAUAGGAAGGGGCUGGGGGCAGUGGGGGGCUCAGCUCCCCUCCUCUACAUAGCAGAGUGCGGCACAGACACUGCAGAAAAGCAGCGCGGCUCAAAGGACAAAAACUCAACGCUUGAGCAUCCAGACACAAUCCAAAAUGAAACCACGAGGAAACAAAACGCUACGCUGCUUUGGUUCUGCCCCUGGUCAGAACCCUCCUGAUGGUUCCGAUUUCUUCUCCUGAAGGGGCUGUACUGGCCUUUGCCAGCUUGCAUACGGCACACAGCAACACCGGAGCUCCCUGCUCUGUAUUUACUGUGCAACGGCCCUCUCUGCAGAUGGUGAACAGGAUGUCUGUGCAGGGGCUGCAGCCCAUUCCUACCAGGGAUCUGGGAAGUAAAGGUCAGGUACUGGGUGGGAAUAAAAGCUCAUUAAUAAACCAACAGAUCAGAAAAGACCAGCCUGAACAAAGCCUGCAAGGAAACUGUUAAAACUUUUUUUUUUUUUUUUUUUUUUUUUUUUAAAUUUUUCAACCUAAAAAACCCCCUGCAUUUUAGUGACUUUGUUUGUUUGUUAAGUUCUGCACAACGCAGCUCAACUCCAGAACAUUUUCAGAGAAGUUUAGGGCAGCUCUGAGCCACCCUCAGGACAGCUCUCUGCUCAGCACUGUCUCAUUUUAGAGUGAAACCCUGCAGUCCCUGAAGAACACAGCCCACCCUGCAGGGCUGGGGCAGACCCAGACAGCGCAGCCAUCCCUUGGGGCUGCCAAGCACAGCAGGUGUUGGAAAAACAGCAGCAGAGGAAUGGAUGGAUGUUGAGUAAGAGAAGGAGAGCGUUCCACAUUCAGGGUCCUGACACCAUAUAAAACAUCUCCUGGAUGGUCUACCGAACCCAGUUCCUGAAAAUCCCAUCCUAACACCCUAACCAGCAAUAGGAUGGGACUGCUGAGCAACACCACCAAGCUCCAGCCAUGUUCCUUUAAGACCUUGUGAUCCCAGAGACAGAAGGGUCACCUGAAAGGAACCACAACACCUCGAAUGAAAGGAUGAAAACUGCAGAUAACCUUUCUUACCUUCAAGUCCCUGAGAGCUACGAGGCCAAGACUGCUUUGGAAAGAGGUGAAAUCAGGGGUCAGCCUGAAAGAGAGGUGUGUGGAUGAUGUGGGAAGGACGGCCAGUUCUUUGCACCUUUCUGGUCUUACAAGCCAGCUUCCACUUCCAGCAGCUUCCUUUUGCCCUUUACCAGUGCGAUGUGUAGGUUACAGUUCAGGACCAAAAGCAUCAAGAAUACAUAUGCUUAAUUUCUUGAGCUCAGCUGCUAAAGCCAAACACUGACUGUGAGAACAGCACAGCCAACAGACCAGGUGCUUCUGCCACCAUCAGCUCUUGGUGUUUCAGUGGGACACUUUCUUCCUCCUUUCCUGACUCAAGAGGCAACGCUUUGCUUGGCUGAACUGCCCAGUAACUGUUCUCAGAGCAACUAACAAACAAGUCCAGGAUCAGACACCUCUUAGGGGAAACUUCCACAGCACUACUGAAACAAUAUCCUGAAUUUCCUUCUUAUUUAGUAAAGAAUAGGAGAGGGGGAAAUAAGGAAGCGGUUGGAUGACAGUUGUGCCAAAAAGCCUCCAAGAAAAGUUAAAAGAGAAUGAGGUUGUUGGUGAGCAAGCAGUGGUGUGAAGAGCAGCAUGCCUGUAAUGGUAAUGGAUGCAAAGUCGGAUUUGGGAAGAGUGGAUCUCAGCAUGAUCCACUGGUAAAGCAGCAGCCGCCAUUUGGUUACAAAAAUCUUACAUGAAACAAAGCAAGAGAGAAUCAGAGGAAACUGGAAACCACUUGAGGUUCGCUCCAGUGGAACAGUGAAGUAGUGAGGUGAUGGGACACAGUCAAAGACUGCUCUGCACUGCGCAGCUGUGAUCUGGGAGAAAUCCCAACAGCGCUUCUAAACCUCCUCCUGCACACCAGAAAAGGUUUUGUUGAUAAAUGGAUGAUAAACACAGAAACAUCUGGAAUAGAUGCCGGAAGAGACAGCCAGAAGUGGAUGGCAGACAGCACGCUUGGGAACAGGGACUGUAAGGCAGUGGCUGUGCUGGAGCAAAGCACCACUGUGCCAAAGUGGGCUUCCAUUCCCUGUCCUGGAAUGCUGUACCUUGUAUUGGGCUUCUCAGAAGAGAGCAAGCAGGACGGGCAGGACUGGCGAGGCAGAACGUGCAGAGGGCAAACACUGCCCACGUUGCUGAAAGGCAGCGGGAGACGCUCGCUGCGCCCCAUCUGUACCCCACAGCUACCAGCAGCAGCAGAUCCCAGGCAAUGCUGAGAGCAAGCACCGGAGCUGGGCUAUGCAUUCAGCUGCUCUCAGGCUGUGCUGUGCAGAGAUGAAGCGCAGGUUUCCUGGGGUGACUGCUAGUCCUGCUGCAAGAAGGUAAGUGAGGCUCUCCAGUGCAAGGCAAGGUCAGCAGGGGAUGGGAGCGCUGCAGGCAGCCAGGAUCGGCCUCUGGCACAGGAACGCAGCUUGGGACCGGCAGAGGUUCACACGAAAAGGAGACACUGCAACAGAACUGACCCAGCUUUCCCAUCUGCCCUAACUUUUUGGCAACUGAACCUACCUGGAGGUCGCACAGAGCACGUCUCUACCACGCACAGCAUCCUCACACAGCCUGUCCCCCAAAUCCGUCCCAGGCCUCCUACCAAGGAGCACCGCAGCGUUACGUCAGCCCGGGGAACACAGGCUCUGUGUGACAGAUGGACUGCAGUGCCCUCAUUUCACAUCCCUUUUUCUUCUACUCAUCUGUCAAAGGACGAAAUUAAGACUCUUUAAGAGGAACUACGCUCUUUAUAAAACAACACUCUCUUGAAAGCUGGACGUUUUGUGCAAUACUUAAGCAAAAAAAUAACAGAAAAUAAAAAACAAAACAAAAUUUGAGCAAAACAAAAUCAAAUUUAAUGUUCUUAAAUGCAAAAGUAAAAACAAACAAAAAACACAAAAAAGCAAAAGAAAAUUAACAGAAACAGAACAACUCAAAGUUUCAAGGCAGUCUGCAGAAAACUUGGGGGAUUAAUCUUUAAAUCUACAAAUCAAAGGGUUUUCUUUGUUAAUAUCUAACUUGCAAGUCGUAAGUACUUUUCUGCUGAGUGUUCAAUAAGUAAAGCUAGUUGUCAAAACAAAAUCCUAUUAAAAUAGAAAAAUCUAGCACUCAUUAGAAGGGAUGCGAGAAAUACAAUGCUCAAAUGUUUACAAUUUUUUUUUCUUUACAAAAUAGAACUACCAAAGGAAUUCAGACUAUAAUGAUCUUUGAAAACGAGUAUCUUGCUGCGUUAUAAUGUACCAGUAAGUAGUGCACCAUGCAUUAAAUAUCUGGACAGAAGAGAUUCAGUUUGAUAACGUAGCGACACAUAUUCACACUUUUGUGGAGUUUCAUUUUGACUCUGAAAUCUUCCCGGAGUUUCUUUGAAACUCUUUGGUCCGUUCCUAUUAAAAAUGUUGGGCUUUAAAAGGAAAUGCUGCUAAAACCUUUCAAUUUGACAGCUGGGCCACUGCUCGGUGUGCAACUUACCUCAUCAAUGGUGUUAAAAGUUAUGCUGGCAUGCUACUACUUACAAGACCUCGACUUUAUAAAGCGUAAUCCUCAACGACACGUAGCAAUGAGUAUUAAUCGGCAAAACAAAUUUACUGUCAACUAAAACAUUAGUAUUUCUCAACUUUUCUUCCAUACUAGAGAGUCGGGGGGGGGGGG